AUGUCGCUGCUGAAGCCGCCCACCCCGCUGUCGCAUUCGACGGGGCCGCCGACCCUGCACCUGCCGCAGCGGGAUCUCCGGGAGCGAGAGCGAGAACGAGAACGAGAACGAGAGCUCCAGGACUCCGAUGAGGAACUAGAGCGAAGCCACCUCGACGACGAGGACGAUGCUGCCAUCGAUGUGGAGGCGGACGAGGAGCAGGAAUCCGGAUCGCCAAUCUCAUCAGCCACGCCCUCGCAAGCCAAGAACGGUCUUUGCCUGGAAAGCAAAGAGAACUCCGGUCAGCACAUGGAGGUCACCGCCUCCGUGGAUAAAUCCAUCAACCAAAAGGUCUACUGAGCCAAAUUCAACCAAGUGGCCAGGCGGAAGUAGAGGCUAAGAUCAAGAUUGAUCCGCUUAAGAGCCACAUAAAUUGGUUUCAACUUUUCGAUAGUUUGUUCCUAUAAACCCCUGUAAAUACUGGCCACUCAGCGCUCCUUGUAAAUGUCAAUGUCUCUUGCUCAAUAAGUUUAGGCUUUAAAAUAUACAUACAUAUAUCCCACUCCAUGUACAUACAUACACCAUUAAGACCUACAUAUAUAGUGUGGGGUGCUUAAUUUUUCAUGCGGUUUUUGUUUGGCUUUUGGAAUAAUAUUAAAUUGCUGGUCAAGUGUAAGUUAAGUUCGAUAUAUGCUAAGCCAACAGCCUGGGGAAAUCCGGGAAAACUGGCAAUGAAUGUUUAGUGUUUAGGACCUACUCGUAAGGGCUAUGCGUGGGUCAAGCAAUUACCAAAUAAUUAGUUAAAUUAUUUAUACUUUUAAUCGAAUGUUAACAUAAUCCAAACUUCAACUGAAACCAAAACCAACUCACAACGUACACACACA